AUGACUGACACCGUGUUCAGCAGCAGCUCAAGCCGUUGGAUGUGUCCCAGUGACCGACCCCUGCAAACAAAUGAUAAAGAACAGCUCCAGACAGGAUGGUCUGUCCACCCCAGCGGUCAGCCAGACAGACAGAGGAAACAGGAAGAGCUGACAGAUGAGGAGAAGGAAAUCAUCAACAGGGUGAUCGCUCGCGCUGAGAAGAUGGAAGAGAUGGAACAGGAGCGAAUCGGGCGCCUGGUGGACCGCCUAGAGAACAUGAGGAAGAACGUGGCCGGGGACGGGGUGAACCGCUGUAUCCUGUGUGGAGAACAGCUGGGGAUGCUGGGCUCCGCCUGUGUGGUGUGUGAGGACUGUAAGAAGAAUGUCUGCACCAAGUGUGGGGUGGAGACCUCCAACAACCGCCCACACCCUGUGUGGCUCUGCAAAAUCUGCAUCGAGCAGAGAGAGGUGUGGAAGCGCUCUGGAGCAUGGUUCUUCAAGGGCUUCCCCAAACAGGUCCUCCCACAGCCUAUGCCCAUAAAGAAGAACAAGCCCCAGCAGCCAGUCAGUGAGCCUGUGCCCGCUGCCCCUGAGCAGCCUACUCCUGAGCCCAAGCACCCUGCCCGGGCUCCAACUCGAGGUGACACUGAAGAUAGGAGGAGCCCAGGUCAGAAGACAGGCCCUGACAUGACCUCAGCUCCUGGGCGAGGAAGCUACGGGCCUCCUGUGCGCAGGGCCUCUGAGGCACGAAUGAGCUCCUCUGGCCGAGACUCAGACAGCUGGGACCAGAGCCACAGCAUGGCUGCUGGGGACCCUAGCCAGAGCCCAGCAGGUUUGAGACGGGCCAACUCAGUCCAGGCUUCUAGACCCGCCCCGGCCUCAAUGCAGAGCCCAGCACCUCCCCAGCCUGGGCAACCAGGACCCCCAGGAGGCAGCAGACCCAGUCCGGCACCGACGGGACGCUUUCCAGAUCAGAGACCAGAGGCGGCUCCCAGUGACCCAGACUAUACAGGGGCCACAGCCCAACCCCGGGAGGAGAGAACCGGGGCCAUCGGAGGCUACUCAGCGGCUGGAACCAGGGAGGACCGAGCGGGCCACCCCCCAGGCCCCUAUUCCCAAGCCUCUGCGGCUGCUCCCCAACCGGUGGUGGCCCCAGCCCGUCAGCCCCCACCCCCUGAGGAGGACGAGGAGGAAGCCAACAGCUAUGAUUCGGAUGAAGCAACCACCCUGGGUGCCCUGGAGUUCAGCCUUCUCUAUGACCAGGACAACAGCUCCCUGCACUGCACCAUCAUAAAGGCCAAGGGACUGAAGCCCAUGGAUUCGAACGGCUUGGCCGAUCCCUACGUUAAGCUGCACCUCCUGCCAGGAGCCAGCAAGUCCAACAAGCUUCGUACAAAAACCCUGCGGAAUACCAGAAACCCCAUCUGGAAUGAAACUCUGGUCUACCACGGCAUCACAGAUGAGGACAUGCAAAGGAAGACCCUCAGAAUUUCUGUCUGUGAUGAGGACAAAUUUGGCCAUAAUGAGUUUAUUGGUGAGACCAGAUUCUCCCUCAAGAAACUGAAGCCCAAUCAGAGGAAGAACUUCAAUAUCUGUCUGGAGCGGGUGGUCCCGAUGAAGCGUGCCGGAACCACUGGGUCAGCCCGAGGCAUGGCCCUCUAUGAGGAGGAGCAGGUGGAGCGUAUUGGUGACAUAGAGGAACGCGGCAAGAUCCUGGUGUCCCUCAUGUACAGCACACAGCAGGGAGGCCUCAUCGUGGGCAUCAUACGCUGCGUGCACCUGGCGGCCAUGGAUGCCAAUGGCUACUCAGAUCCAUUUGUGAAGCUCUGGCUGAAACCAGACAUGGGAAAGAAAGCCAAACACAAGACUCAAAUUAAGAAGAAAACCUUGAAUCCUGAAUUUAAUGAGGAAUUUUUCUAUGACAUCAAACACAGUGACCUGGCGAAGAAGUCACUGGACAUCUCAGUCUGGGACUAUGACAUCGGCAAGUCCAAUGAUUACAUUGGAGGCUGCCAGUUGGGGAUCUCAGCCAAGGGAGAGCGCUUAAAACACUGGUACGAGUGUCUGAAAAACAAGGACAAGAAGAUUGAACGCUGGCACCAGCUACAGAAUGAGAACCACGUGUCAAGCGAUUAG